AUGUUUAAUGACAAAAUACAAUUACCCAUAUUUUUCUCAAUCGCCGUACUUACUAUAAUAUAUUUUUUCUAUAAAAAUCCGACAAAUUACCAACUUACCGACAAAAUUGUCUAUGUCAGCAAUAUUUUUACAUAUGAGGAAAAAGAUUAUAAGAAGUGCCGAGUGGAAACGUGGAAUAAUAAAACAACUUGGGAAAUUCCACGUGUUGAGAAACUCGAGUUAUUAGCAAAAAAUAAUAUUACAUCUAAUGUGAGUACAGAAAAAUUAGGAAUAAAAUAUUUUUGUUUUGACAGGAGGGAUUGGAAGAUGGUGAGCUUCGUCUAAUUUCCGCAUUUUUGUACGAAAAUGAGGUAGUUGUUACAACUUCAAGGCAACGGACAUCUGAGUUUGGGUGAGUUUGAAGAACACGUGAAGUAGGAAAACAUUAUUUUUCAGAACAACAGCUUACUGUAGGUAUUUCGAUUGUAAUCGUGUCGAGAUCCCUGGUUCAAUUUACAAAGCCUUCUUUUUCCCUCUAACUUCAGUUCAUUGUCUGAGAAAAGCUGGAGCAAGUUAUAUGUCACUGAGUUUGGCAGCACAAGACGAACUCCCAGAGCCUAUUCCAUUUACUCAUAGGCUUUUUGAUAAACCUCAAUAUGAAUUGGGAGUUUGUGGUGGACAAAUAUAUGGAAUGGAUGCAAAGUGGAUGCAAAUCACAGAAUUUGUUGAGCAUCAUAAAUUAAUUGGAGCGAGAAUGUUCUAUUUUUCUGUGUUUGAAAUCGAUGGAAUGACUCGGAUGAUAUUAGAUGAAUACGAAAGAAGUGGAUUUGCUGAAGUAUCAAUGAUAAAUACAGAAUAUACAAAUGCAGCUAUGAUGAGACAUAUGGUUCAGAUUCACGAAUGUUUUUAUCGAGCAAGAAACCAUUCAAAAUGGUUACUUAACAUUGAUCAUGAUGAAUAUCUCAUCCCAACAGGACAGUCUAUUUUAUCAUAUAUCAGAAGUCUAGGAGAAUCUGCUGCAGAACUCGUAUUUGCUAUAAGAAGAGUUGCGAAAUUUAACGAAUCUCUUCAAAAAUACAAAAAUAUUCAAGAGGUAUCAAAUGAUAUACAAAUGGCUAAUUAUAACUUGACGAAUGAAGCAGGUUACGCUGCACCAAAAGUUAUGUAUCGACCAGAUAAAGUAUAUGCGACUCUUUUACAUUGGGGUUAUGGAAUGGAACCUGGAUUCAAAGUACACGCGGUUCCAAGGGAUAUUGCAUUUUUGAAUCAUUAUCGCACAAUUUCUCGCAAUUUUUUAUGGUCUGAAUUUAUGGCAAAAUUGAUAAGACAGAAAGCAAAGUUUGUACAAGAAACAUUGCCAUCUGAUUAUCUCGAAAAAUUGCGAGGAAAUGUUGUUAGAGUUGUUGGAUAUGUUUUUGACAAACACAGUGUUAAAUGCGAAUCGAUACCAUGGGUUCUGCGGUUUAUUUCUAAACCAUAUUUGGAUAAGUUGAAAAUUUAUUGUAAAAGUUAA